GGCAUCAUGGCACUCGCUCUCUACUGCAGCCAGACUUACAAGUGCACACAGCUACUUGAACACUACAGACGACUAGUUGCAGCCAACCGUUGGUAAGGUUUGACACCCUCAUCAGCAGCAAGACUACGUCUGCUAUUGCCGUUCGUUGACGAUGACGACACUGAUGCCGCUUGUGUCUGUCACCGGCCUGCUGCUCCUCCUGCUGACCGCAGCUCCCACCUCCUGCAAUAGGUUGACACCGGGCAGCCAUCUUCCUCCCUUCUCUCGUGGCAACGUCAACGGUGAAGGAGCAAGUGCUCCUGGUGACGUCAUCGACAACGUAGUCGAUGUGAAGGCUGAAGGCUUCGUCGAGAAAGACACGAAAGCAGAUGAACUCACAGAAAGCGCACUGAAAGACGAUGUUUUACAGACCUUGGAGACGACAGGACUAAAUGCAGACGACCAUGAUGGCCUCCCACCGUUGCAAAGCGUUGAGCGAGACUCCAAAGUGACGUCACCGAGAGCCGCACGACUUCGCCGGAACGUAAGUCGACUUCGUCCUUUCCUCGCGACAUUCACGUGGACUCACUUCACCAAUGAUGGCCUGAUUGCUAUACAUCACUACUCCAAACGUGGAAACUACCAGACUGCCCGUCGCGACUACAGGUCCCUUUGUCCCUUUUGCUCUGGAAACAUGGGAUCGUUUGGACAAUAUCUUAUUUCAGUCGAAGAAGAUCCAUUGGGUAAUGGAUUAAUAGAAAUCUACAAUUCUGGAAACAACUAUUGGAAUUAUUUCCAUUAUUAUCCAAAUUACUAAAACAUGUGAUUCAAGUUCUUCCUAGCUUUCCUUGCAACAUAGCUAACAACCUAACAUCUCAGAUAAUUAAUGAUACCGAGAACCUACUUUCAGGAGGUUUAAGGGUUCGGGGAACUGACCAAGUGUUUACAUGUACACAUUUCAAUAAUAAACGAGUUAGAAAAUUAAAAACAAUUUGAAAUUAUGUUUUAAAUAAUCUCUUACGAUGUAUCUUUCAGCGUGUUUUGGAAGAUAAAUGUUUUGCAUUAAGGAUAGUACUAGUCAGUUAUAAAGAAAAUGAACAACCAUGUUUAAAAGGUUUAGAGUAAGUUCCUCUCUAGGUGCACACAGUAAAUGUUUGUCUUUGAUUGCUUACUGUGGUCAGUUACUUCCAUAAUCUUGAUUCAACACAAUCCAUCAGCACAGCCAUGAAAUCCUACAGAAAAUAUCAAAUUUCUUCCUUACUGUUAAAUACAAUCACCGUUAAACUACAGAUAGGUCUUGACAGUAUUACUAAUAAUACUGCUUAUAUGCAUGUCAAAGUAAUGUUUAUUAUAAAAACAGAUUUUUGUCCCUUUAAAUGAAGAUGGAUUCCUAUUCCUUGAUUAAAACUGCAAUUAUAAUACAAUACAAUUAUAAUUGAAUGCUGGGCAGUCAUGUAUUUUUGUCCAUUUUUUAAUGAAUUUGCAUAGUCGCUUAAUAGAGGGGAGUCCUGGAGGCACAGGGAGGACAGCUUACCAUUAGAAGUAGGAGGCUGGUGGACAAUAGUUUCCCAGUAACAGGCAGAAAGAAGCCUCCUACACCUCCACUGAAUGCCUCGUGUGUCCAGUGCUGUAGUCAACGUGUGUGAUACACUUGCAAUGUUUGUACUUUCUACUUUUGUUGAAAUUGUGUGAAAUCACUUUGGCUCAUUUAUUCUGGAUGUCUUGCUUGAAGUCUGGAGUGUUUAAACUGUUAUAGAAAUUCAAAAUACUUGUUUCAUGCUUUUCUACCCACUACGGGCCUGACACCGGACACAGACUCGGUCAUGUGGACAGCCUCCAGGUACUCAGACGUGUACUCAUAUCAAACUGUACAGCAACAGCAGUAUUUUAUGUUUUUAAAAACAUUUCUUCAAUAAAAAAUUCCUUUCAUAAAGCUUCA